AUUCUAUGCUAGUCUAGAGGUAACGGUGACCAGUAUCGGUCGUGUCGGGGUUUUUUUGCACGCCGCCAAAGCAAAAACCAUUGUACAGUGCUCAAAGUACUUGUUGUCUUGUCGUACUUGCAAUAAGACAUCAAAAUCUGUGUUUGUACUCGGAUCGUCGGUUGUCGCGGUAAAUUUCGUUUUUGUUUGCUGCCAAAGUGCUUUGUUUUUGCUGCUCGGGAAGGAAGGAUACCUACGCGGAGCUACAAUCUCGAUCCUGUACGGCAAAGCCGACUAAAGCAAAAUGCGGGUCCCAACGAUGCUGUCGGAGGUGGACGAGUUACCCUCGGUCCAGCUGGGGGACUACACCCUGCGGUUCGAGCUGGAAGAUCUUACUCCGUUCGGGAAGGAGGUUGCCACAAAUGAGCUCCGCGAGACACCGGAAAUCAAAGCCAAAGCCAUCGAGGAGCUCCGAGAGAUGCUGAAAGGUCAAGAUGAGCUGUUGGUUCCCCUGGAUAAUGACGACUGGAUGGUACGAUUCCUGCGGCCGUGCAAGUUCUACCCAAAGAGUGCUUUCGAACUGAUCCAACGCUACUACCAAUUCAAGGUCAAACACUGGGACAUGUACCUGGACCUGAGCCCAUCGCGCGAAGCCAACAUCUUCAAGCAGAACAUCCUGGCAGUGUUCCCCAACCGGGACCAGCUGGGUCGCCGCAUCUUGCUGCUCGAGCUGGGCAAACCAUGGAAGCACAAGGAAGUUACGCUGGACGAGGUCUUCAAGGGUUGUGUUUUGUUCGUGGAGGCGGCCAUGCUUGAGCCCGAAACCCAGGUCAACGGUGCGAUGGUCAUCUUCGACAUGGAUGGCCUAACGAUGCAACAGGCGUGGCAGUUUACGCCUCCUUUCGCAAAGCGCAUCGUCGACUGGCUGCAGGACGCCGUGCCUCUGCGUAUCAAGGGAAUCCACAUCAUCAACCAACCAAAGAUCUUCAACGUGGUGUUUGCCCUGUUCAAGCCGAUCCUUCGGGAAAAACUGCGCAACCGUAUCGUUUUCCACGGUACCGACCGUGAGUCCCUGUACAAGCACAUCUCGCAGGAAUGCCUUCCGCCGUGCUACGGGGGAACCGUCAAUGCUCCGCGCGUCCUGGGAGAUCAGUGGUACGAAUUGCUGCUCAAGUGCGACGACGAAUACACCGCCAUCAACAAGUACGGCUACAUCAAACAGAUGGAUGAGCUUAGAAUAAAGAAAAAUAAGAAGAAGUGAAUCUUAGUGUAUUUAUUAUGAUGGGAUACAACAAUGGAAACAGAAAUGUGAUCAACAACCAGACUAAGUAAAUCAAAAUUGUUAAGUUGUUAGGUAUUUAGGUUCCAACUCUUGCAUACGAAAAGUAUGAUCACAGACAUUAAUUACUAGUGGACGUUUUUUAACUAGAGCUCAAUCAUUCCUAUGCUAAUAUGUGCAUAAAAUAGAUAAACAUACAUAAUUUAUUGUUAACAUAUUAACAAUCUUUGUACGGCUCUCAAAAACAACUGUGUAUAGCUAUUAGCAAGUAUUUAUACUUACUUAAAACACACCGCUUACCGCAGGGAAGGGUGCGAGAAAUCAAAGUCACGGCUACUUGUUAGGGUUAGGUAAGGAAACAAAGCUGAAAAUAUGGUGAAUCUAUGCAAAAGUGCUUAAGUUUAAGUUUUUACUAUGUUUACUGGACUUUUAAGUUGAAAUAUGGUUUUACUAUACUGCUAGUGGACCACCGAUUUUUACAUUUUUUUUUGUAUAUUGUUGAAAAGGUACAAUCACACACAAAAGUACUUUAAAUUAAAAGUUUAUAUUGAUGAAACUUUUGCGUACUGUAAAUAGAUUGGGCAUACCAAACAGAGAUGAAAGUUUU